ACGCAAACUCUAUCUGUCUCGCGAGCAGCUUGCCCUUGUGCAAUCGGCCGACUGGGAACGGUAUCUGAUCCGAAAUCACGCAGCCCGCAUCAAUACAACCUGCCACCUAUUUCCGCGAAACACGCCAGACAACCGCCGUAAACAAACCCCACCGAAUACAUCCCGCUAGUCCUAUUAUCGCCACAACAUGGCUGAACCGUCGCCCGAUUACAAAAGGCUGUUUUUCGAAGAGCAGCACAGACGGAAGGCUGCAGAGCUUGCUCAGGAGGAAGAACAGCGCAGACGCGAAGAUGCAGAGCGGGCGCAGGAAAGGAUCGAAGAAAAAACGCGCAAGACAACAUUACUAGAGCUCCUCGACGCAUGUCAUACUCACCUAUACUCCGGCCUCACUGUACAAACCGAUGCAACCCUAUCAACGCGAGGCGACCCUGCAAACGCGAAUAAUAAACUUCGGCCUGAAAGAAUUCUCGAGUGGGAAGACUUUCCCGCACAACAGGAAGCGAUUUGGGACGAGGUUAUGGGCUCAGAAUUCGUCUUGGAACGGCACUUCACCUCACUACAUACCUUGGAGGAGUCUGGAGAGGGUAUCCGGCAAAGGAUGAUGAGCUCUGAACUGGAUUUGCAUCUCUUCCAGCGCUCCACCCUCGAGGACCACAUAUCGUCAAUCAUCUCGCAGCUUUACAAUAACAGCGCACUUCGACGGAAAUUUCAACUGCGGGGUGCAAUCAAGUUUGAGAAUCACGCCAACACCCUUAGCCCAGAAUCACAGCUGGAAGCGGGCAUACAACGGAUAAGCGUAUCAGGGGCUCCGCGACGCCGGUCACCACGCCUACAAGCCCAGACAAUGCCGGUAGACUCAGCAGAUCUGGUAGCCACAGAAGUCGCAAGAUCAUCCCGGCCUCGUGCAGACCAAUUUUGCGUGUACAACACAUCUAGCACGACUCCAAACUCGGAACAUCGCAUUGCUGCUUUCAUCAUCGAAUAUAAGGCACCACACAAGCUCUCGCUUGGAUACAUCUACGAAGGCUUGCAUGAAAUGGAUCUUGAGGAGGUGCUCCGCUGCGCUGAGGCCGAUACUGCUCAAGAGCGCUUCCGGCGCCUGAUUGCUGCAGUCAUUACUCAAGCAUUUUCUUACAUGGUCCAGGCUGGCUUGGAGUAUGGGUGCGUGAGUACCGGCGAGGCGUUCAUCUUCCUACGGGUGCCUGAUGAUCCUAGGACGGCCUACUAUUUCCUAUCCGUCCCUAAAGGCGACGUUGGGGAAACUACGGGAUGGGCUCUAGAUUCUGAAGGGGCAAAUCGGCUGCAUCUAACCGCUGUCGGACAGAUGCUGGCGUUUACGCUUCAGGCGUUAAAGACACCACCUCGGAGUCAUAAGUGGCGAGCUGAGGCGGCUGUUAUGCUAAACAGCUGGGAGGUUGUGUAUGACGAUCUACUUGAGACAAUCCCUACCCAAGACGCACCAUCAUCAGAGUACCGGCCACCUCAGCACAACCAAUUCCUUCGCAUGUCGCCUGUCCAGCUCCGACGGAGACCAACUCAAACCAGCUCCCUGAAUUGCGAGCCAGCGCAGGAUCAAUAUGAAGCUAGCGACCAGGAACCUGAUCCGGACACUCCGAGUCAAAAGCGGCCCUUACCCCGGCGUUCAACCCGUAGCCAGGCCACUGCCAGCAACUCGUCAUCUAGUCGUGAUUCCCGCCGCGGAGCGCAGAACGGGAGUGGGCAAUAUUGCACCCAAAACUGCCUACGUGGUUUAGUCGAGGGCGGUCCACUUGACGUGUUGUGCCCAAACGUACGAGAUCAUGGGGAGAACUAUCAUCGGAUCGACCGACGCCAAUUCCUUGUUCUAGUUCGCCAACAACUCUCAGAAGACCUGGAUACCGACUGCAAGCCUGUAGGCAUUCCUGGAGCAUGCGGUGUUUUGUUCCAAGUUAGACUAAACUCGUACGGAUAUACUGCCGCCGCCAAAUGCACCCCGAUUGACUUCAUUCAUCGCCUACGUAGGGAGGCUACCAUCUAUGAACACCUUCGUCCACUCCAGGGCGUCUAUGUGCCAGUACAUUUGGGUAACAUCGACCUCGUCUAUCCCUAUUUCUACGAGGGUAUUACGGAGCUUGUUCAUAUGAUGUUCCUUAGUUUUGGAGGAGAGCUCAUCUCUCGACACAUUACUGCCGAUAACAGACUAUUCAUCACUCAACAGUUGGAGUGUUCAGCUCAGGCCAUUCACAAUUUAGGGGUCCUUCAUCACGAUCUCAUGCCUCGCAACAUACUGUGGAAUACGGAGGUUGGCAAAGUUAUGGUAAUCGACUUUGAGCGGGCGGAGGUCGUGAAGCCACGGGCUGCCCUAGGCAUUAUAUCACCAAACCGAAAAAAAAAGAGAGCAAGUCCGGUUAAACAACGAGGAGAAGAAUCUUUGUUUACACGGGAAACGCGACGGGCAGCUAUUGAAUUACGCGGAUUAACAUAGCCCUCGACUCAUUUGACAAGAAGCCCUAGCUGAGCGUUGCAGAGACAUGGACGGAUGGGACGAGAUGGAAGC